UCUUCUCUUAAUGCUUAUCCUUCUCCACAGCCCUUUACUCCGCCCUCCACCUCACCCUCUUCAACACUUCUUCCUGUCCAAUUUGUUCUUCAGCCGCAUCCUAUUCCUCUUUCAUCUCACCUUUUUGCUUCGUGUCCAUCCACCUCGCUGCUCAUGCCGAGUUCCCUUCACUUAGUUGGCCCACGAGCAUUCAGAAGGCAAGAUACCGCUUUAACUGGAGGCCGAUUUGGCCGGUCUGCCACUGCAGAUGGCUGCAUCGUCACCAGCAAUACCUCGUCCAUCAUCUCAAAUGAUGUCCCAUCGGCCGAGUGCGACAUUUCGGCUGUAGGGCAGCAGUCAUAUUCUCGAAAUCGGCGCCUCCUAAGUAACUCGCAUCGGCUGAGAGAUCUGGCCCGACAGCCUAAGUCGACUCAACUAGCCCUAAUCUCUGGAGAGUUGAAUGAUGCUGUGACCGCUUCGAUUCCGGUCACCUCUCCUCUUCCACCUGCUGCAAAUUAUGCGACCAGUGGAGACGAUAUUUCUCAAAGUCUAUCCGUAGUCUCAAGACUCUCACGUCCACAGUCAAGAUCUCUGACCAGAGCGCUCAUCUGGCGACUAAGACAGAGUAUGCUUCUCGCUGGUUCGUCGCAGAACAGCUCAUCGGCCCCCAGACCCUCCUUGUCCGAACCGCGAGCCGGCCGGCGUGAAGAGGGCGCCAGUUGCCCUCUCAACGCCUGCGUGACGACGGCUCAUGUGCUCCCGCUUGUCGCUGCAAGCACCGACUUCUUGCCAUCCUCCACGCACCAGAUCGCCUGGCUUCACGACCCUCAUUUUCAGGACUCCAGACAGGUCUCGUUCCCAGUAGAGUCGGACGACAGCAAUCCUCUUGUCUCCACCUCCUGGCUGUCUUCGGUAUCCGGUCGACUGGCCACUUCGCCGUCGGCCGCCAGACCCCUGGGCCUCAGAUAUGUAGACGCCGGCAACACAGUGGCCGACUCUGAUAUUUGCGGAAGGCCGCUGCUUCAGAACCAGCCACAGCCGCACCUCGUUCGGGGCACCGGCAAGUUGGCCUGUGACCGAUGCCUGCCAUUAUCGCGAACCUGGUCCAGAGCUCGCCCGUGGUUCCGGUCUCGCUCGCCCUCGAGCUCCGGCUCUGAGCCAAGAUCACCAACUGGCGACUCUUCUCGACGGACAACUGGUGCGUCUAGAAAGCGUCGUUGUCCCCUCCACGACUGCUUCGGCUGGGCGUUGGCGAUGCCCGCUUCCUCGCGCUUUUGUCUGUCCACCUCCGUUUCCGGUCUGCGCUGUUGCCUGUCCAGCCUCUCGAGUUGGCCGCGGCGUCGGUUGGCCGCCAACGAAAACCUGUUUGUGCUCAGCGUGAUACAGCUGCUCUGCGGAUUCGCUGCUGUCAUCCUGUCCGGCGUGGCUGUGCGCAAAGCGGUCUUUCUGCAUCAGAUGGCCACUGGCCUGUGGGCCGGCGUGCUCAUGUUGACAGCCGGUUUGCACGGUUUAGCCACUGCCCGUCGCCCACGUGCCUGCAGUCUGGUCAGUCUUCUCGUCAUUUCGGUACUCGUCAGUUUGGCCGCCGGUCUAUUGGCCUGUGUCUCCAUUGCCGGCCUCAUCGAGGAUGGUCUUCUCACCGGCUCAGCUGGGUCGUGGGGAGGCCUAGGCUUUUCGGAGGCGAGCAGGCAUCGGAUGGCUGCGGCCAACGAGGCUGCAGCAGGACAAGGCAAUUCGGUGUAUCAAGUUGUGACGGGAGUCAACACCGCCGGGGAUAGCCAGAACCGGAAUUCGGCGUCAAAUGUCCACCGUCGGUCACAACGAGCCGGUCAGCCGACCAGGCAUACGGCAGACUAUCCAUACAGCGCGCCUGCAUUUGUAUCGUCAUUAUCACAACCUUCCUCUUUCUUUUCACCAAAUUCCGAGUCAUCGGUUUGGCCUUCGCAAGGGCAUCUGCGUGAGUUCCCUCCAUCGGUCGGGAUCACGGUCUCAAGCCUGACUGGAGGUGAAGAGAAGUCAAGCCGUGGCCGGGACUAUGAUGAAUCUGCCGGGGCAUCAUUGCCGGCCGAGCCCACAGAGCUUGCCAGCGCUCUAGUCAUUCGAUGGCCUGAUCGUCUGGCUAGCGCCUACGGUGCUCACUUCGGCCCCGACCACUUGGCUAGUCUCGAUACAAAUGGACCUGCGCAGGUG